AUGAAAAUGCUGCUGAUUUUGUUCCUCCUAACAAUUUGUUUCCAAGUUUCUGUGAACCAAGAUCCUGAUCCCAAGUACGCAGAUGUCGUGUUUCUGGUGGACAGCUCUGAUGAGGUGGGGAUCAAGUUCUUCCCUCAUGUGAAAACCUUCAUCACCAGGAUGAUCAACAGUCUCCCCAUAGACACCAACAAGUACCGCAUAGCCCUGGCCCAGUACAGCAACACGCUGCACAGUGAAUUCCAGCUGAACGCCUUCAAGAGCAAGAACCCCAUGUUGAACCACCUCAAGAAGAACUUCGGGUUCCUCGGUGGCUCCCUGCGGAUAGGAAAUGCUCUCCGAGAAGCUCACAGGGAGUAUUUCUCUGGACCCACAAAUGGGAGGGAUAAGAAGCAGUUUCCCCCUAUUUUGGUGGUCCUGGCUUCAGGAGAGUCCCAGGAUGAUGUGGAAGUGGCUGCCCAGGCCCUGCAGAAAGAUGGGGUGCGGGUCAUCUCCGUGGGGAUGCAGAAGGCAUCUGAGGAAGACUUGAGGGCCAUGGCCACGGCUUCAUUUCACUACAAACUUCGGACAGUCAGAGAUCUCAGCACGUUUUCCCAGAACAUGACUGAAAUCAUCAAGGAAGCAGCUCAGUACCAAGACAGAGUCGCGGAUGAUGUUCUUGUUGAAGUUUGCCAAGGCCCUUCUGUGGCAGAUUUGGUGUUUCUACUGGAUGUGGCCACCAAUGGUAGCCAGGAGAAUUUUGACUCUCUUAAAGGAUUCCUGGAAGAAAGUGUAUCUGCUCUCGACGUAAAGGAAAACUGUAUGAGGAUUAGCCUGGUGGCCUACACCAGUGAGGCGAAGGUGAUAAAUUCACUGAACAAGGGCGUAAAUAAGUCAGAACUCCUCCAGCAUAUCCAGAACCUCUCUCCACAGGCUGGGGAGGCCUACAUGGGUGCUGCCAUGAGAAAGAUCAGGAAGGAAGUCUUCAGUGUCCAGAAUGGUAGUCGGAAGAAUCAGGGGGUGCCCCAGAUUGCCGUGUUGUUGGCCCAUAGACCAUCGGAAGACAAUGUAACUAAGGCGGCUGUUAACCUCCGGCGCCAAGGUGUGACCGUCUUCACCAUGGGCAUUGAAGGGGCCAACCACUCCCAGUUGGAAUGGAUAGCAUCUCACCCAGCAGAGCAGUAUGUCUCAAAGCUGGAAAGUUUCUCCCACCUGGCGGCUCACAACCAGACAUUCCUAAAAAAACUGCGGAACCACAUCACGCAUACUGUCUCGGUGUUUUCAGAGCGCACUCUAACACUCAAGUCUGGUUGCGAAGACACAGAAGAAGCGGACAUUUAUCUGCUCAUUGAUGGCUCAGCGAGCACCCAGGCCACGGAUUUCCAAGAAACAAAGACCUUCCUGUCGGAGGUCGUAAGGAUGUUCAACAUCGCUCCCCAGAAGGUGCGCGUCGGGGCCGUCCAGUAUGCGGAGAGCUGGGACUUGGAGUUUGAGAUCGACAAGUACUCCAACAGGCAGGAUCUGGGGAGGGCCAUCGAGAACAUUCGGCAGAUGGAUGGGAGCCGCAACACGGGCGCGGCGCUGAACUACACACUGGGGCUGCUGCAGAAAGCCAGGAAGCAGAGGGCGAACAGAGUGCCGUGUCACCUCCUGGUCCUGACCAGCGGCCCGUCCCAGGACAGCGUCGUGGAGCCCGCGCUCAGGCUGAGAGAAGACUUCAUCCGUGUGCACGCCAUCGGGGUCAAGGGAGCCAACCACACCCAGCUGCGGGAGAUGGCGGGCCAGGAGAAGAGGGUCUACUACGUGCGUGACUUUGAUGCUUUGAAAGGCAUCCGAAACCAGGUUGUUCAAGGAAUCUGUGCUGAAGAAGCUUGCAGAGAGAUGAAAGCUGACAUCAUGUUUCUGGUGGACAGUUCUGGCAGCAUAGGCCUUGAAAACUUCGGCAAAAUGAAAGCCUUUAUGAAAAACCUGGUGAGCAAAUCUCAGAUUGGGCCAGAUCAGGUACACAUCGGCGUUGUCCAGUUCAGCCACAUCAACAAGGAAGAGUUCCCACUCAACAGAUACAUGUCCCAAAGUGAAAUUUCCAAUGCCAUAGACGCGAUGGGUCAUAUCGGAGACACCACCAUGACCGGCAGUGCGCUGACCUUUGUGUCUCAGAACUUCAGCCCCACCAAAGGGGCCCGGCCCAAUGUCAGAAGGUUUCUCAUCCUCAUCACGGAUGGUCAAGCUCAUGACUCAGUGACAGACCCAGCAGCCGCACUUCGUCGAGAAGGCAUAAUUAUCUACUCUGUGGGGGUGUUUGGCUCCAAUGUCACCCAGCUUGAAGAGAUCAGUGGGAGGCCAGACUUGGUUUUUUAUGUUGAGAAUUUUGACAUUCUGCAGCACAUUGAAGAUGAUCUUGUUUUUGGCAUCUGCAGCCCCCAAGAAGAAUGCAAACGGAUUGAAGUCUUAGAUGUUGUGUUUGUGAUUGACAGCUCUGGCAGCAUUGAUUCUAAUGAAUAUAAUAUCAUGAAGGACUUUAUGAUUGAUUUGGUGAAAAAAUCUGACGUUGGCAAAAAUCAGGUUCGAUUUGGGGCUCUGAAAUAUGCUGAUCACCCAGAGGUGCUGUUUUAUCUGGAGAAAUUUGAUACAAAAAGGGACGUGAUCUCCGCCCUCCAGAAAGACCAACCCAUGGGGGGCAAUACUUAUACGGCAGAGGCGCUACGCUUCUCAGAACACAUGUUCACUGAAGCCCGAGGCAGCCGCCUCCACAAGGGGGUCCCCCAAGUCCUCAUUGUCAUCACUGAUGGGGAAUCCCAUGAUUCAGACAAACUCAAUGCUACAGCCAAGGCCCUGCGAGACCAAGGCAUUCUUGUCCUGGCUGUGGGCAUUGAUGGUGCCAAUACCGAGGAGCUGCUAGCCAUGGCAGGAUCGAGUGACAAGUACUUCUUCGUGAAGACUUUUGGAGGCCUGAAGGGGAUAUUUUCAGAUGUGUCAGCCAGUGUGUGUAGCUCUUCAAAAGUUGAUUGUGAAAUUGAAAAAGUAGACCUUGUUUUCCUCAUGGACGGCUCAACUAGCAUCUAUCCCGAUGACUUCAGGAAGAUGAAGGAAUUCUUGGCAUCAGUGGUUCAAGACUUUGAUGUCAGCCUUAACAGAGUACAUAUAGGAGCAGCCCAGUUUAGUGAUUCCUACCGGCCAGAGUUUCCUUUGGGGACCUUCACAGGCAAGGAGGAAAUCUCUCGGCAGAUUGAGAACAUCCAGCAGCUCUUCGGAAACACACACAUUGGUGCUGCACUCCGGAAAGUGGCUCGUUACUUCCUGCCAGAUACAGGUAGUCGGAUACAUGCAGGUACCCCUCAGGUGUUGCUGGUCCUUACAGAUGGCAAGUCCCAGGAUGAGGUGGCUCAGGCAGCUGAAGAGCUGAGAAACAGAGGCAUUGACCUCUACUCUGUGGGCAUUGGGAAUGUGGAUGACCAGCAACUGGUGCAGAUCACUGGAUCUGCAGAUAAAAAAUUGACAGUUCAUAACUUCGAUGAGCUGAAAAAGAUCAAGAAGAGAAUAGUUCGUGACAUCUGUACUGCAGGGGGCGAGAGCAACUGUUUUGUGGAUGUUGUGGUAGGAUUUGACAUCUCAACCCAGCAGAAUGGACAGACUUUGCUCGAAGGUCAGUCCUGGAUGGAAACCUACCUUCCAAAUAUCUUGCAUGCCAUCAGCUCUCUCAAUGGGGUCAGCUGUGAAGUGGGCACAGAGACUCAGGUUAGCGUGGCUUUUCAAGUGACCCAUGCCAUGGAAAAAUACACACCCAAGUUUGAGAUCUACAGUGACACAAUACUGAACAGCUUGAAGGAUGUAACAGUGAAGGGACCAUCUCUCCUCAACGCCAACCUCUUGAGUUCCCUCUGGGAUACAUUUCAGAAUAAAUCAGCGGCUCGAGGAAAGGUGGUUCUUUUAUUUUCCGAUGGAUUGGAUGAGGACAUUGAAAAACUUGAACAAAAAUCUGAGGAACUUAGAAAAGAAGGACUGAAUGCCCUGCUAACUGUUGCUCUGGAUGGAGCUACAGAUUCAAGUGACCUAACGGAGCUUCCUUACAUUGAAUUUGGGAAAGGAUUUGAGUACCGAACCCAGCUCACUCUUGGAAUGAGGGAUCUUGGGAGCCGACUCUCAAAGUACCUGGUCAAUGUUGCUGAAAGGACAUGCUGCUGUUUAUUCUGCAAGUGCAUGGGGGAAGAUGGCACCAUGGGAGAUCCUGGCCUACCUGGGAGAAGGGGAACCCCAGGUUUUAAAGGCAGUGAAGGCUAUCUGGGCGAGGAAGGCACUGCUGGAGAGAGAGGAGCCAUUGGACCCAUGGGAGAGCAAGGGACCAAGGGAUGCUCUGGUACCAAAGGUCCUAAGGGACUCCGAGGACUAAAUGGACAGGAGGGAGAAGAUGGGGAAAUUGGAAUUGAUGGAUUAAAUGGAGAACAGGGUGACAGUGGUCUUCCUGGAGGAAAGGGAGAAAAGGGUGAAGCAGGAUCUCAGGGAAGUCCAGGAGAGAAAGGGAUUUUGGGUGAUCGAGGACCCCCUGGCCUUCGAGGAGAUCCCGGAGAUGCUGGAUUUGAUAAUAGCAUAGAAGGACCCAAAGGCUUGAAAGGAGAACGUGGAAGACAAGGAAGAAGAGGCUGGCCAGGCAUCCCUGGACCCCCAGGCUCCAGAAGAACGACAGGAGCUCCUGGUCGAAGAGGGCUUCCAGGCCCACAGGGGGAAGUAGGAAUCCAAGGCCCAGAUGGACUUGAAGGCUCCCUGGGGUUCCCGGGCCCUCAGGGCUCAAGAGGAGAGAUGGGUGUCAAAGGAGAAAAAGGAAGUCCAGGAAGUAAAGGUCCUCAGGGGCCUCAAGGACCAGGAGGAAAGGCAGGGAGUCCUGGUCGUUUGGGAAGCCAAGGACAUAAAGGAGACCCUGGAGACCUGGGCGAAAAAGGAGCUCUUGGCCCUCCUGGUCCCCGAGGCUUGCCGGGUAAUGAUGGCAACCAGGGUUAUGGCAUCAUCGGAAGCAAAGGUGCCAAGGGACAAGAAGGAUUUCCUGGAGAGAGUGGCCCCAAGGGUGAAAUUGGAGAUCCCGGUGAUCCAGGAGAAACUGGACCCAAAGGAGCUAGAGGCAAGAUGGUGUCUGGGGGGCUUCCAGGAGAGCUGGGAUCACCUGGAGAAGCAGGACCUCCUGGGCGUAGAGGUGUGAAAGGGAGCAAGGGAUUGACAUCAUUUUCCGUGUGCGAUCUCCUUCAGUAUGUGCGGGACCACAGUCCUUGCAGAAAUGGGAUGCCAGAAUGCCCCGUGCACCCCACUGAGUUGGUGUUCGCCUUAGAUCAGUCCCGGGACGUCACCCAGGAGGAGUUUGAGCGCAUGAAACAGAUGAUGUCUUCGGUGGUACAGGCAGUGCGAGUGCGGGACCGCAGCUGCCCAGUGGGCGCCCGCGUAGCCAUCCUGUCCUACAGCUCCCACACCAGGCACUUGGUGCGCUUCUCCGACGCCUACGCCAAGAACCGACUCCUCCAGGAAAUUGAGGCAAUUCCUUAUGAGAGAUCGUCGGAAAACCGGGAGAUGGGCAAAGCCAUGAGGUUCAUUUCCAGGAAUGUCUUCAAGCGAACGCUUCCAGGGCCCCGCACAAGAAGAAUCGCCACCUUUUUCAGCAGCGGGCAGUCAACUGAUGCCCAGGCUAUCACCACGGCCACGAUGGAAUUCAGUGCCUUGGACAUUGUUCCCGUGGUGAUUGCUUUCAGCAACGUGCCCUCGGUCAAACGGGCCUUUGCGAUCGACGACACUGGCACUUUCCAGGUCAUUGUGCUUCCAUUGGGGACUGAGCACUCGUCAGCCUUGGAGAGACUGCAGUUGUGUACUUUCUGCCAUGAUGCGUGUAAGCCUGAUGCUUCUUGCGAGGAGCAAACCAGACCAGCCCCUCCACCAUCCUAUGUGGAUGUCGCCUUCCUUCUCGAUAGCUCCCGACACAUGGGCGGUCCAGAAUUUGAAGACCUCCGAGGCUUCCUAGGGGCACUGUUAGAUCACUUUGAAAUCAGUGCAGAGCCCGAGACCUCGACCACUGGAGACCGGGUGGCCCUGCUGAGCUAUGCUCCUCCAGACUUCCGGCCCCAUAUGCACAAGAGUCCGGUCAGGACUGAGUUCAACCUGACCACCUACAGCAGUAAGCAUCGCAUGAAGAGGCACCUGGAGAACUCAGUGCAGCAGCUCCAUGGAGAUGCUUUCAUUGGGCAUGCCUUGCAGUGGACCCUAGACCACAUAUUUUCAGGGACGCCCAAUUUGAGAAGGCAUAGAGUCAUAUUUGUGAUCUCUGCUGGGGAAACCAGUCCCUUGGACAGGGAGACUUUAAAGAAAGAAUCCUUCAGAGCCAAGUGUCAAGGUUAUGCCUUGUUUGUUUUUUCCCUUGGCCCGACUUGGAACGAUAAGGAGCUGGAAGAUUUAGCCAGCCAGCCUUUGGAUCACCACUUGGUCCAGCUGGGCCGAAUUCAUAAGCCUGACCACAGAUAUGGUGUGAAGUUUGUGAAGUCCUUUGUAAACUCAAUUAGACGUGCAAUCAACAAAUAUCCUCCAAUAAACUUCAGAAGCAAGUGCAGCAGGCUGAGCUCUACAGAAGCCAGACCAUCACCCCAGCUGUUACGAAGCUUUGCUCCUGGACCACAAAAAGCUAUCCUCAAAGAAGCAUUACAGAAGGCCAAAUUCUUCCAAGAUAAAAAAUUUACUCCCAGAGCAGCAACAGGGAGCAGUGAAAAAACUGUUAGACAUUUGACCAAAAGUCUUCCCCAUACCAUUACAAGUGGGGAAAAGGUGAUUAAAGCGGCUCCCAAGUGACAUGAUAAAGGAAGUGUUUGA